AUGACAGAAGCUGAGAAGCAAGGUGCAGAGGACAAGUUUUGCUGCAUUUCCAAGCUGAAGGUAUUUCUGCUGUCACUAUCACUUGCAUUUGUUGGUAAAACGAUGUCUGGUGCUUACAUGGACAGCUUGUUUACACAGCUAGAGAAACAAUUUAAUAUUCCAGCUUCCUUAGUGGGGAUUAUUAAUGGAAGCUUUGAAAUUGGCAACUUGCUGCUGAUAGCAUUUGUGAGUUACUUUGGAGCAAAACUUCACAGACCCAGAAUAAUUGCUUUGGGGUGCACAGUUAUGUCGUUUGGAUGUCUUUUAAUAUCAAUUCCUCAUUUCCUAUUUGGAAGGUAUCAUAUUGAAAGCAGCAUUUCACAACAGGAGAAUUUUUCAGUCAUGCCUCUCUGCCUUGUUAAUCAAAGUUUGUUCUCUUUACCUACAGAGGAGCCAUCAAGAGAAUGUGAAAAAGAGCCUGGAUCCUUGCUGUGGAUAUUUGUGAUGGUUGGAAACAUAGUGCGUGGAAUGGGUGAAGCUCCCAUCAUGCCUUUAGGAAUUUCAUAUUUGGAGGAUUUUGCCAAAGCAGAGAAUUCACCUUUCUAUAUGGGCUGUCUACAUACAGCAACUGUAAUUGGCCCCUUCCUUGGUUUGUUGUUGGCAUCAUUCUGUGCUGAACUGUUUGUUGAUGUGGGAUCGGUAGAUGCAGAGGAUAUAACUAUAACAGCUACUGAUGCCCGCUGGGUUGGAGCUUGGUGGCUGGGCAUUUUGAUCUGUGCAUCACUGAAUCUUCUUGCGGGAAUGCCUUUUUGGGUUUUGCCAAGAUCACUCCUGAGGGAAGGAGAAAGCAAUGAAUCUGUGGAGACGAGUAAAAAAAGUGUAGUACCAUUGCAAGAAAAUAAUAAAGAUGAAGCCAAACAGACCAUGUAUGAAAUUGCUAAAGAUUUCAUCCCUUUCCUCAAGGCUCUGCUUCACAACCCAGUUUAUAUGUUAUUCAUAUGCAUAACUGUGUUACAGUUCAAUGCCUUCAAUGGCAUGUUAUCAUUCAUGCCCAAAUAUAUGGAACAGCAGUUUGGAAAAUCUGCAUCAGAUGCCAUCUUUUUAAUUGGAGUUUACAACUUACCAGUUAUAUGUGUUGGGUAUUUUUUUGGAGGCUUAUUCAUGAAGAAAUUAAAGAUAAAUAUCUAUCAGGCUGCGAAAAUAGCAUUUUGGGUAUCUUUACUGGAAUACCUUCUUUACUUUGGUACCUAUUGGACUGUCUGUGAUACUUCACCAGUUGCUGGCCUAACAGUUUCUUAUGAAGGGAUAGAACAAGUUUCUUACACAGAAAGUACUCUACUUGCUGGCUGCAACAGGGAUUGUGAUUGCCCACUUAAAAUAUGGGACCCUGUUUGUGGGAACAACAGAAUCACUUAUGUGUCACCUUGUCUUGCUGGGUGUAAAUCCUCAAGAGGAACUGGAAAGAGUAUGGUAUUUGAGAACUGCACCUGUGUUGCAGCCUCAGGGUUUUCAUCUCAGAAUAUCUCUGCAACUCUGGGCCAGUGUGAUAGAGAGGAGAACUGUGAGAAGAUGCUUCAUUAUUUUUUAAUACUGUCAUUAGUCUGCAGCUUCAUUUAUUCCUUAGCAGCCAUGCCUGGAUACAUGGUCUUAAUAAGGUCUCUAACACCUGAAGAAAAGUCAUUUGGAGUGGGCAUCCAUGGACUAGCUUCAAGACUAUUUGCUGGAAUCCCAUCUCCCAUUUAUUUUGGAGCUUUGAUAGAUACGACUUGCUUAAAGUGGGGUACUAUGACUUGUGGUGGAGAAGGAGCAUGUAGGAUAUAUGACAUUGUCAACUACAGGUGGCUCUAUCUCGGCCUGCCAGCAGUAUUACGUGGAGUGUCCUAUAUCCCAAGUGCAGUAAUUCUCCUUAUUUUAAAGAAGAAACAUAAAACUGAAAACCAAGUCUUAGUAAAUGCACCAGUAGAAAUGCAGGAUAAAGAGCAAGAAGCAUUGAAAUAA